UUCUCUCAUCGGUCACAUGAACAAAUACACAGUGUUCCCAUCACUGUUUUUCAGGAAAAAAAUUUCCCCUUAUCUUAACCGAAGCUUUUUCGCCAUUACAGAAUUUAAAUGUUUGUAAUAGAAAGACAAAACCCAAUUUUGUUUUCAUCUGUGAAAUUUAAUGUUUUUUUUCCCUGAAAGGGGCACAUUUUUUUUUGCGGGAAGUGGCAACUGGGUCCGUCGCUAUUUUCGGCCACGCGCUGGUUUCACAAUUGAUGGAAAGCUGUGAUCUUGGAUGAUCUGUGAAAUCCUACUUGGCCAUAAAAAUUUGCCCUUCAAUCAAAUCUUUUAUCUUUUCAAUGUUUUUGACGCUGACAGGAAUCUGAAUAUUGUGCAUUACUCGGGAAAAUUACUGGGUUUUGGGGUUUGUGGAUGGAGCAUCGUCUCGAAACUAGACCCUUUUUUUGUUUAUUUCUUGAAGAAUCCCUCAGUUUGUGAGAGUCAACAGGUCUGAAUCUGGGCAAUCUUCAAUCCAAAAACUUCCAUUUUCGAUAGAAUUUUCCCAUCUGUUGUGUUAUUACAGCAGUACUUGAGAAUCGUGAUAUUGGAUAGAGCAGGACAUGUCCUGCAGCUGUGUUGGAGCAUGUAUGCGAGUAUUUCGAUUAGAUUCGACUGAGAAUAGAUAAACUUCGAUAUAAAAGGCUAUCUCUUGGAUCAUGGAGGAGCCAUGUGAGACACGUAACAGCAAUGGUGAAGGGUUUCAUGUCGUGAGAUAUAAUUCUUGUAACCAACAUGGGUCCAGAUUAUCAUCACCUUGGUUCGACCUGAGAGUGUUCUAUGUUAGGAUCGGUAACAUCAAGGUGGAUGAUUCGACACCCGAGCUCCUCACCAUCAAUCAUAUUCCUUUGGAACCAGACACUCUUGUCGAGAUUAAUGGUGUUAGAAUGGGCAUUUACUCAGAGGGAGUGUCUACUCAACUCAGGAGGGAUCGACUCGACAGGAGAUCGGAAGCUACGUUUGUCAGCACAGAUAACAUCAGGUUAACGGGUAGCGUAAAAUUCGAGGUUUAUGACAAAAAAGACAUGAUCUUGUGUGGAACACUUGAGAUGUCUGAUAAGAAUGGUUUCACAGUGGAAUCAAAGAACAAAUGGAACAUGAACUGCGAAGCUGAGAUCAGUGCAGGGUCUGGUUUCUUGAAGGAGAAUCACACUGUUAGUCCGGAUUUAUCAUCGGCAUUACCUGUUUUCGAGGUUUAUGUCACUGGUUGCUUCUCAGGAACACCGAUCAUCUUAACUAAGACUCUGCAGAUUGGUUUCAGAAAGAAGCAAAACAGGAGGAUUGCCUUAGAUUCUAUUCCAGAGUGUGAAACGUCUGAUCACCAGAAAGGCACCAAGUAUGAGCUUGAUUUACAGGCUACAGAUUAUGCAAACUACAAGGAAGAAUAUGAUGAAGAAUACAGCAACAUGUACUGGAGAACAACAGAGUAUAUGGAUGGUGAAAAUGGGGAGAUGUCAUGGUUCAAUGCUGGUGUAAGGGUUGGUGUUGGAAUUGGACUUGGUAUCUGUGUUGCUUGGGAUUGGGGUUGGCUUACUUGUCCGUACCUAUCACUCAACCACAAGAAACUUCAGAAGGAGCCUUCUCUAGUUUUAACAAUUGCUUUGGUACCUCUUAACUACUCCCUUUCUGUAGCUAGUUAGCUAAUAAUAGUGUGCAAGUGGUGUUCCUUCCUGGUUCUUUCUUCUUUCUUACCUCAAAAUUUUGAGAGAAUUCCCCUUUUUUUCCCCUCUUGUUCUUGGGUUUGAAGUGAAUAAGACUUGAGAAGAACAAAUCUUGUUUCUGUUGAUGUAAGUAAGGCUUGAGUGGGUUUCCUAUAUAUUGACACAGAACCUGUUCCA